AUGAAAUCGUCGAAGCAAGGGGCGGCGGAUAACAGCGGCGGCGUAUCCGGUCGCGUGCAGACUCUCCACCAGCGUCUCUACAGCGCUCUCGGCCUCGGCACUAGAUUUCAUGACGGUAAAGGUUGGAAGUGGAAGUCGACAGACAUCGAGAUACAGCGAAACGUCCUACGAUCCAUUUCUUCGUUCCUCGAUAGCAUGACGCCGGAUAUCUCCCGCCGUAGUGUAGUGAAGGCCGGCUUUCAGGACUUAGUGGGCGAUAUUGUUGGAGCGAUGGUAUGGAUUCUUCAGUACAAAAGUCAAGCUGCUUUGAGCUUAGCCGCAAAUGUUGUAUUGAAGUUGAUGAACACAAUCCCUAACUCAAUCAUGAGACCCUUUGUGAAUUGUUUAUCUGAUGUUCCUGAUGGUGGUGAUGUUGCGAGCAUGGAGUGUUUCCUGGAGAUGAAUUCUCGGUUGAGCACAAUACUGCUUCGUUGGCCUCGAUCUCGAUAUUGUGUUUGGAGCAAUUCGAAAUUCAUGGAGGUUUUGGGUAUUAUGAUCCAGAAGCCUGAUUUUUCUGCUAAGAUUGCUGUGAUGAAGUUAUAUGCUGGAGUAGCUUUGUGUGGUAAUGGUGCCAAGAAGCUUCUACAGAAAGUAGAAUUUCUGGGGGUGAUGGUUUCCUGUAUGGACAAGGCAUACCCCAUUUCGUUGCGCUUAGAAGGGUUUAGACUUGCAAGAUGUUUGGCGACAAACGAAGAGGGAUACCCAACAAUGGCGAACUUGUUUUGUGAACCCUUAAAGCUAUAA